CCGACAGAGUCUGCCAGAGUACAACUCGAAGCGCGCUCGAUACGAACAGCAGAGCCAUACCCAACAUCUGCUCGAGACCAGCGCAGGCCCCUCGCGAGACACCAGAACGACUGGCUAGAUCGUACUGCUGUCGAACCGCAGCACGCUGCUCAGUUUCCUAGUCACCUCAUUCCAAAUACUUCGCCUGGGCUUUCACCGCAGUCUCCUUAUUCGGAGUCCUCCAGACCAACUGAUGACGACCUCGAAGCUUUGGUUGCAUCGAGCGAUUCUGAAGAAGAGGCUGUCGAUUCACAGAGAGCCACCAUGCCGCCUCCAAGGCAGACAAAUAGAAAUGUGGUCGAUUUGACUGCAGAGUCUCCGCCUAUGCCCGCAGCCAGCGCGACACGGGAUCGGAAGCGCGCAAGAGAAGCAGAUUCGUCAGCAGAGGGCGGGUCUGAGAAGCGCAGUAGGGUUGCAGUGGAUGACAUUGAAGAGAUUGAUCUGGCCGAGGACGAAAUGACAGCAGAAGAAAAGGUUCUGCAAGCACAACAGAGGGAGGCGAUACAGGCGCAGCGGGCUGGGGAGGAUGGCGGGCCACAUCGCAUCGGCCAAAGGCAAUGUGUGAUUUGCAUGGAGAACUUCACGAACAUUACUGCGACCCACUGCGGUCACUUCUACUGCCACGAAUGCUUGAUCCGCAGUCUAAUGGCUGCAGAGAAGACCAACGAGCGGAAUACCGGCAAUUGUCCCAUAUGCAGAAAAACCGUCUCUCGUGCGAACAGGGCUGCCACAAAGCCGCACAUCAUACCCAUCUCCUUCAUGACAAAGGGCGCUUUCGAGCGCAACAAACGACGACGAAUGACGCAUGAUGAUGAGUCCUAUCGCCAUUCGAGGAGCAGACCUUGAGACCUAUGGCCACUGACCCACUUUUUAUUUCACUUAACGUAGAGCAUGAUACCCAGGAAUUGCAUGAGCAUUUGGCGUCGGAGAGGAAGAUGUAGUCUCGACCACCGGAACGAUUGUACGAUAUUGAAAUGACGAAAAUUGCACACACUAAAGCUUGAUGA